CAUUUAUGUAAUUUUUCCAAGCCCAACAUCGUUGGGAAAGAGAAAAAACAGUAGGGUAAGCAAAAUCAAAGAGAGGCAUGUCGACCCUGAAAGAAAUCCUAACCCGCCGUCCAGUGGCGGCCACCAUCAGGCUGACUGUGCCGGCGGGAGGAGCACGACCCGCACCCCCAGUAGGUCCAGCCCUGGGUCAGUACCGACUUAAUCUAAUGGCCUUCUGCAAGGACUUCAACGCCCGAACCCAAAAGUACAAGCCAGACACCCCCAUGUCUGUCACUAUCACCGCCUUCAAAGACAACACCUUUGAGUUCACUGUCAAGUCUCCAUCCGUCACCUGGUACUUGAAGAAGGCAGCGGGUAUCGAGUCCGGAAGCAGCCGGCCUGGCCACGUGGUCGCCACCACUUUGUCCGUCAGACAUAUUUACGAGAUUGCCAAGAUUAAGCAAUCCGAUCCCUAUUGUCAGUACAUGUCCCUGGAGAGUAUUUGUAAGUCCAUUAUUGGGACUGCUAAUACCAUGGGGAUUAAGGUGGUGAAGGACUUGGAUUAGAUUCUUCAUUUACUCUUCAAUCUAAAAAAAAUGGAGAAAUGUUUGGAGGGAGAGCUAGAUUUUCUUUUCGAUAUGCAAACUCAACUUAUUUCCAAGAAACGUUACUACGACUGAGCAUUGGGGUUCUGUGAGUAAGGUCUUGAAAUCAUUCCACAUUGAUUACUCUAGGGUGUACUGAAGACAAAAGGUUACUUUUCUCUCAUGAGCUGACUUUUUUUGAAAGAAAACUCCAAGAAUUGUUUUCUCCUUUGAAAUAUAUAAUACUUCAUCGUGGGCACAAAUGGCCCGUAAAAGAUGGGAUGCGGACAGUGUUGCUGAGUUGAUUAUUGAUAUGGUUGAUUUGGCUGUGUUUAUUGUUUUGAAGGAAUAGGGCAAUUGUAGUCAGUAACAAGAUACAAAGAGUUUGGGAAAGUGUUGGGCUUGUGCAUGGCCCUCUUUUUUUUCUUUUGCUGUACGGAGAAUUUGGAAUUGUGGGAUACCUUGGAAGAAACUUUGUUUUGUUUGGUUUUGUUUUUGUUUUGGCUAUGCAUAUUACUACUACUGUACGUA